AUGAGCUUAGAGCUUCGAGUGGGUAACCGCUUCCGCCUCGGCCAGAAGAUUGGGGCGGGGUCGUUCGGCGAGAUCUUCCGCGGCACAAACAUGCAGACGGGCGAGACCGUGGCCAUCAAGCUGGAGCAGGCGAAGACGCGCCAUCCACAGCUUGCCUUUGAGGCCCGAUUCUACCGCAUUCUCAACGCAGGCGGCGGGGUCGUGGGCAUCCCCAACAUUCUUUUUUAUGGCGUGGAGGGCGAGUUCAACGUGAUGGUGAUGGACCUGCUGGGACCCUCGCUCGAGGACCUUUUCAGCUUCUGUGAUAGGAAGCUGUCGCUGAAGACGACGCUGAUGCUGGCGGAGCAGAUGAUUGCGCGCAUCGAGUUUGUCCACAGCAAGAGCGUCAUCCACCGUGACAUGAAGCCGGACAAUUUCUUGAUGGGCACCGGGAAGAAGGGGCACCACGUCUACGUCGUUGAUUUUGGUCUCGCCAAGAAGUACCGCGACCCCCGCACGCACCAGCACAUCCCGUACAAGGAGGGGAAAAGCCUGACGGGAACGGCACGGUACUGCUCGAUCAACACGCAUCUUGGCAUUGAGCAGAGCCGUCGCGACGACCUGGAGGGCAUCGGCUACAUCCUGAUGUAUUUCUUGCGUGGCUCACUGCCGUGGCAGGGCCUGAAAGCGCACACGAAGCAGGAAAAGUACUCUCGCAUAUCCGAGCGCAAGCAGACAACGCCCGUGGAGACGCUGUGCAAGGGCUUUCCCGCGGAGUUUGCCGCGUACCUCAACUACACCCGAGGCCUGCGCUUCGAGGACAAGCCGGACUACAGCUACCUGAAACGGCUCUUCCGAGAGCUCUUCAUUAGGGAGGGGUACCACGUGGACUACGUGUUUGACUGGACGCUGAAGCGCAUCCACGAGAACCUGAAGGCGGAGGGGUCCGGCCAGCAGGAACAAAAACAGCAGCAGCAGCAACAACGAGAGCGGGGGGAUGUAGAGCAGGCGUAG